ACUCUACCACCCCACCCCUGCCCGCCAUCAAUGCGGUCCAUAUGCGUGCGUCGCCUUAAAUCGGCCUACCACCCUCCUUCGCCCCCGCCGCAGCACGCAGAAUUUUCUUACUGCUGGCUGCUGCUCGCCAUUGCUGACCACACUCACAGCAGCCUCCCUCCCCCUCGCCACCGAAAGCUAGCCCGUUGCUUGCAAGCCUCGCCAACUGCCGCUAUAUAUACGCAUACAAGCGCGCGCCGCGCACGCGCAGCACGCAAUCAGAACAGUGGUUGCUGGAGAGCGCGCGGGCCGGGCAAGGAGCAAGGACGAGCAGGGUCGUCGAUGGUGUUCUUCUGCUUCCUGGUGGAGCAGCGGCGGACGGUGCGGAGCAGCAAGCCGGCGGCGGGGAUCUGCUCGCGCUGCGGCGGGUGCGCCAGCGUGGCGGACAUGGAGACCGCCACCAGGGUCUGCUACCUGCUCACCGUGCACCGCCGCACCUGGCGCGCCAUCAUCUGCACCUUCUGCGGCGCCAUGCUCAAGUCCUACCGCCACUACAGGCUCUACUGACUCUCGGCCGAUCGACGGAGUUGUUCGAGUCGGUGGGUGGUGGAGGAACGCGCGCCUUCAUUCUUCGCGGCUUGCUGUGAGGUGUAGUGAUGAGCUACGUACGGUACUAGCUAGUGAUCUGUUCUUCCUGAUGAGUCCUCCUCUAACUGGGUGUCUUGCUCGCGACUGCUACAAGCUAGAUUUUGUUUUUGUUUUUGUUUUGUUCCUGCUUGAUUAUGCUGCUGGGGUUUGCAGAUGGUUGUAAUGGCAGAGCUGCGUGUAAAUAUAGUUAUGUGUCAUCACUCAUCCA